AUGGCGAAAUGCUCCCUCUCUCUCCGAUUCCCCACCACCUUCCUCCUCCUCCUCCUCCUGGUCUCCCUCUCACUGGUCUGGAGUGGGCAGAGCCAGGCGACCACGGAGACCCAAGUGCUCCUAGAAUUCAAAAGGCGGCUAGAGGAUCCCUCCAACCAUCUGGGAGACUGGGAGGACUUCCCGUCUCCAUGCAACUUCUCGGGCGUCACCUGCGACCGGGUCUCCGGCGCCGUCACCGGGAUAAACCUCCAGAACCUGUCACUCUCCGGCGAGAUCGAUCCCGUCGUCUGCGAGCUCCGCAGACUCAGCUCUCUCUUGCUCGGACAGAACGCGCUCACCGGCGGCGUUCCUCCGGAGUUGUCCAGGUGCACUGCUCUCCAGUUUCUCAAUCUGUCGGUCAACGGUUUAACGGGGCAGUUGCCGGAUCUUUCCUCCCUCAAGAAUCUCCUCCUUCUUGACUUAUCGACGAACAAGUUCGUCGGGAAAUUCCCAUCCUGGGUGGGAAGUCUCAGGGGCUUGGUCUCCCUGGGCCUCGGCGAGAUUCAGUUCGACGAAGGCUUGAUCCCGGAAAGCAUUGGCCACCUGAAGAACCUGAACUGGCUGUUUCUGGGGCAGUGUAAUCUCGUCGGGGAGAUCCCUUCCUCCAUCUUCGGGCUGACUUAUCUUGGAACGUUGGAUCUCUCCCGCAACCACCUCUCCGGAACGCUCCCCAGGACGAUUUCCAAUCUGCGCAACCUGUGCAAGAUCGAGCUCUACAACAACAACUUCACCGGAGAACUCCCCGUGGAGCUUGGAAGGUUGACUCUUCUUUCCGAGUUCGACAUUUCGAAGAACGGGUUCACCGGGAAGCUACCGGAGGAGAUGGGCGACCUGAAGAACCUGACGAUCUUCCAGCUGUAUCAGAACAACUUCUGGGGGGAGCUGCCGAAAGGGUUUGGAGAUCUGGAGCUUCUCACGUCGUUCUCCGUCUACGGCAACGCCUUCUGGGGAGAGUUCCCCGAGAAUUUGGGUCUCUUCUCCCCACUCGACACGAUCGACAUCUCUGAGAACAGGUUCACUGGGCCAUUCCCAAGAUUCUUGUGCCAGAACAGAAGACUAAAGUUCUUGCUUGCUCUGGACAACAACUUCUCGGGCGAAUUUCCAGAUACUUAUGGGGAUUGCAAGACACUGCUGAGGUUCCGGAUCAGUCGCAAUAACCUGGUGGGGAGAAUCCCAGACAGGGUAUGGGGCAUGCCUUCUGCUGUCGUCAUCGACUUCUCAUACAAUGGAUUCACCGGCGGAAUCUCCUCCCACAUUGGAGAUUCUACCAGCUUGAACCUGCUGAGCCUGGAGAGCAACAACUUUUCUGGUGAGAUACCCGCAGAGAUUGGGAAGUUGUCGAUGCUGCAUAAGCUCUUUGUUUCUGGCAACUCGUUCUCCGGCAAUAUACCUCCUCAAAUCGGAAGUCUGGACCAACUGACAUCACUCCACUUGGAAGGAAAUUCUCUGUCAGGCGGGAUACCAUCAGAACUCGGAAAAUGCGGCAGCUUGGUGGACUUGGACCUUUCGAGAAAUUCCCUCAGUGGUGAGAUCCCCGAAGCACUGUCCUCCGUUGCCUCCCUGAACUCCCUCAAUCUGUCGCAGAACAGGCUUACAGGCUCGAUUCCGAGGGGAUUAGAGCAGCUGAAGCUGAGCUCCAUAGAUUUAUCUGGAAACCAGCUAUCUGGGAGCGUCCCGCCUGGGCUCCGGUUGAUCGCCGGAGACGGUGCUUUCUCGGGGAACCCAGGACUCUGCACCGGGAGUAACCCUGGGGGGAUAUGCAACUUAAACAAUGGUCGCAAGGAUGCCAUGGGUAACCAUCUGCUUAUCGUUGCUCUCGUUUCGUUGACCUUGAUCGCCAUCUUAACCGGUUUCAUCUUCAUGAGUCGUCGGAGUUUCAUGCACGAGAAUGCCCGAAAGGAGAGCGAUCUUGAUGACACAAUGUGGAGAAUGGAGCGCUUCCAUCGGACGGAGUUCGACGCAGAGGAGAUCCGCAACCUUCGGGAGGAGAACCUGAUAGGAAGCGGCGGCACAGGCAAGGUUUAUCGGCUGGACUUGAAGAAGGGCGGUGGGCCGGUGGCCGUCAAGCAGCUGUGGAAGGGGCCUGAACCCAAGAUCUGGACGGCGGAGAUGGACAUUCUGGGGAAGGUGAAGCACCGAAACAUAGUGAAGCUCUACGCCUGUGUUGCCAAAGGGAGCUCCAACUAUCUCGUCCUGGAGUACAUGCCCAAGGGAAACCUGCACGAGGCUCUUCGCCGGGAAGCCAAGGGAGGGAAGACGGAGCUGGACUGGCAACGGAGGCACAAGAUCGCCCUCGGCGCCGCCCAGGGGAUCAUGUACCUUCACCACGACUGUUCUCCGGCCAUCAUUCACAGGGACAUCAAAUCUACUAACAUCCUGCUCGAGGAGGAUUACGAACCAAAGAUCGCCGAUUUCGGGAUCUCGAGACUCGCGGGGGACGCCGACUCGAGCCGCCUUGCCGGCACACUUGGAUACAUGGCUCCAGGUGACCUUCUCCCCGCUGCUGCCUUCUCUCUCGACACAUCCUGAGUCGUGACCCUUCUUCUUCCUCCCGUCUUCGCAGAGCUUGCCUACUCCAUGAAGGCGUCUAAGAGGAGCGACGUCUACAGUUUUGGGGUGGUGCUACUAGAGCUGGUGACGGGAAGGUACUCCGUCGAGGAGGAGUACGGCCAUGGGAAGGAUAUCGUCCACUGGGUAUUGAAACACGUCGGUGGCGGGAGGGCAAUGGAGGUCCUGGAUCCCAGAGUCGCCGGCGCCGACGUACACGGCAUGAUUAAGGUCUUGAAGGUCGCCACCCUCUGCACCACGAAGCUACCUUCUCUGCGGCCCACUAUGAAAGAGGUGGUGAACAUGCUUAUCGACGCCAGCCCACGCCAGGCGGCGCGCUGUGAAAUCUGA